GUCGAGACCGGUUUGCAGGAACCGGUAAAACAUUCAUUACAACACGAAAUUCCUUUCGUGCAUCAAUUUCAGUGGUACAGCUUGACGAGCAAACGAAUCGGAUGCUGGCAGCGAGCCACUGCGAAAGUAAAUGGGUUUCGCUUUCAGGCAACACAAUUUUCCUCCGCAAAAAACUUUCUACCCAUCUGUCAGCUUGUGUCACGCGAUUUGCGAUCACUCACAAAUCAACGUUCUAGAAGAACGUAAAAUUCAGUCUCAACCGGGAUAAUAGAUGCUGGCACUAAUGAGCACUGCAAAGCCCUCUUUUCUGGAGAUCGACAAUGAUAAGUUUAAGACCAUAAUGAAAAUAUCAAACGAAGACACGGUCGAACAAAAGAAGGAUCGCACAGGUAACGAUGAGGACUCUUCGAAAACCUUGCAACUCCUGCGGAUCAAAGGAUACCCUCGGUUGCUACCUGAAGGGAUACAGGCGUUAGUCAAUUACUGUCGAUACCUGCAAGAAUUGUCACUCUCUUAUUCGUUGCUCAGUGACGAAUUGCUAUUUGCUCUGAGUUCCGAGAAACAGGUGCAAUUGGAAACCCUGCGAUUAGAAGUGCAGCCGGAGACAAAACCUCUUCCGCGAGUCAGCGAAAAAGCUUGGUUUACAUUUUCCAACCACCUGCCGAACAUAAAUCUUGUGCUAUUGUCUUAUAUGACGAACGAAGACGAUCAGAGACCGUUGUUCGCACCGUACGUUCCUAUAACGCACUUAUAUUUCGGGGAAGCGCCGUCAGAAGCAACCGUGCUUCGUAUUGGAUAUCAGUGUCCUCGUUUGGUCGAGCUGGUGAUCGCUGCUUAUGGACCAGGUUUACUCGAUCAUGCACUCCUCUCUAUCGCUCAAGGAUGCCCACGCCUAAGCGCUAUUGGUUUGGGUGAUUGUGAAAUCACUUGCUCGGGAUUAUUGGAAUUCGUUACACUAUGUGCGAAACGUUUGCGAAUACUGUACGUUUGGGAAACAUCAUUAACAGAGGAUUCCGAGCUUGACGUCACGAAAGUAUCGAAGAACAUCUCGUUGCUCCUUGGUCGGACAUGGGUACCAGAAUACAUACCGUUAUGUUGAGACUUUCAAUAACUCGAAGCAAAUUUGUUAACGAUGCAAAUACACUUAAUAGCCGACAAUAGUUUACGCAUGUACCAGAAAUGUGCGUAAGUGAUACAUUAGUCCAUACGGAUAUGUAUAUAUUAUAUAUAUACAGUACG